AUGUAUGAAGAUAGAGUUGCACGACAAUAUAAACCUUUGCAUCUCAUUGGCCUUGGGGCAUUUGCAAAAGUUUAUCUAGCAGUAGAUACAAGGACUUUAGAGAAAUGUGCAGUUAAAGUCAUUCCAAAAAUAAAUCCUGAAGAUAGAACCGACCAAACCAAAAGAAUUAAAAAUGAAAUUGAGAUUCAUAAAGUACUUCGCCAUCCUUUUAUAGUUCAACUUUAUGAUGUCAUUGAGACUCCGGAGAAUUUCUAUCUUAUAAUGGAGUACGUUGAUGGAUGUUCUUUAAUUGAUGAUGUCAAUACAAAUGGUUUGUAUACCGAAUCCGAAGCUGCAAAUAUUUUUGCCCAGAUCAUCAUUGCACUUGAAUAUCUACAUUCGAAGCAUAAUUUAAUCCACAGAGAUCUCAAAGCCGAAAAUAUUAUGAUUACCCACAAUAAACUCGUUAAAAUAAUCGACUUUGGAUUGAGUUGCCGGUCCAACAGCAAAGAUGUCUCCGAAAGAUGUGGAAGUCUUUCAUACGCUUCACCAGAAAUUGUAUUAGGAAAGAAGUACACAACUUCGCAUGACAUUUGGAGUUGUGGAAUUGUCUUAUAUGCAAUUGUCUGCGGACACAUUCCUUUCGAAGACGAAGAGGUUCAAAUACAUAUGUUCAACAUCUUGAACCAAGAAGUUGAAAUCCCAGACACAAUCUCUCCUGAAUUAGAAAGCCUGAUCAGAGGUAUGUUAGAAAAGUUCUUCAAGAACAGAUUCAGACUUGAUCAAAUCAUCAAUCAGCCAUGGCUCAUUAACAAGAUCAGAGAAUGGCGUGAAAAAUUGCAAGUUAAUAACAGGAAAAUGCAACAAAGAAGAAAAAAUAGAAGCCAUUCUCUUGUUACAUUUUUCAAGCAAAAAACAAAGAUGCAUGACCCAAUCUUAGAUGCUAAUUUGUAUAAUAAUGAGAAUUUAUUCAGAAACAAUUGCAACUAG